UCAGAAAAACCAAACGAAUAUUGAAAUGUAAAAAACACGGCUCAAGAAUUGUGAAUGUAAAUUUUAAAGGGUUGAACUAAGUUCCAUUACAAUGCAACAAUGCUCAACUCAUUGAUAAAUCGAUAACUGCUUUUGAGACAAACUAAUCGGAGUUGUUUACGUUAUUGACACGACAUAUAUCAAAUUCCAGUGAUAUCCUUCUGAAAGUUUUUAUUUUAAAUUUAUUGAAUACACUGCAUUUAAAUAAGAAUUAAAUAACAAACAAUGCUUGCUUCUACGGACAUCAGUGCAAUAAAUAAUAUGGAAUCAGUUUUAGCAAAAAUACAAGACGAAGAGAAUGACAUAAAUUCAAAUUUGGAGAAUCUGCUUUCAAAGCAAUCAUUAUUGGAUUCGAAAAUGAGUGCCAUUUGUUAUUUCGUCGGUUCAUUAAACACAGUAAGCGCGGACACAAAAAAGUUAAGCAUACAGAUUUCUCACACGUCCGAUUUAGCUGAAUCGGUCAGUGCUAAAGUACGCUGUGUAGACAUGGCACGGAGUAGGGCGUCUGAAUGCCAGAAGCGUGUACACGAUUUGAUAGAUCUGCAACUUUGUAGUCAAGGUGUUUUGAAAGCCAUUGAAGAAGAAGAUUAUGAAAAGGGAUCUGCACUUAUUGGACGCUUUUUAUCAAUUGAUCAAAAUGUUCUACGGCGUACUGCUGGUGACGUCGGUUCAAACGGUUCUGUUACAUCUGUAAGCGACGCAGUCCAUACACUGGAAAAGGCUACGGAAAAAAUGCAAAAGCUUGUAGUUAUUCGUUUUGACGAAGCGGUUAAUAAAGAUGACUUAGCAUCCGUAGAACGUUUCUUAAAAUUAUUCCCGUUAUUAGGUAUGCACCAGGAUGGCAUUGAAAAAUUCGGCAAAUACAUUUGUAUGAAAUUAGCGAUGAAAUGUGAAAAAGAAUUGCGAUCAUCACUGGAUAUUGCAAAGGCAGAGAACCGCUUAUCAGUCGCCUUUUCUGACACAUUAACAACAUUGCUUGAAAAUUUCGCUAGAGUAAUUGAAGUGAACAAACCUAUUAUAGAAACGUAUUAUGGAUCUGGUUAUCUUAUUAUUUUAGCCGCAUUACUACAAAAUGAGUGCGAUUCAGAGGUCAAGAAUGUCAUUUUAGAAUUCAACAAAAAUAGACAUAUUCCAGAUCUAAUUCAACAAAUCAACGAAUACAAUCGUUCAACGGGUGGUAGUAUGCCUUCUCUCAAUCAGUAUCAAAAACAGUCAAUGAACUCUGAUAAACCACAACCUAAAGAUAUAGAUCCCCUUAUAUUGGAAUUAACAGUAAUGCAUUCCCGGGUCGAAUUAUACUUUAGAUUUUUGAGACGUAAAGUUAAGUCCGAUAUUGAGGCAAGCAACAAAGAUAUCAAUGAGAAAGAAGAGCAAAUUCAACACUUAUCAACCAUAUUAAAUAGUUCCGACCUAAGUCGUCAAAUGCAGGAGAUACUGAGCACUUAUCUUCUCUUCGAAAGGCAUUUCAUGGAAGAGAGCGUGUAUAAAGCUAUAAUUUUGGAUACAUUUGAGGUGGGACAACAAUGUUCCUCUAUGGUGGAUGAUGUUUUCUACAUAUUGCGCAAAUGCAUUCGUCGUUCAUUGACAACACAAUCAGUAAAUGGAUUGUGUGCAGUAAUUAAUAACACGGCCUCCUGUUUAUUCAACUUUAUAAAUGCGUUGAAAGUUCCAUUGAAAAAUGGAUAUCCUUCUGGUUACACGGAUUUGGCUUAUAGUGCAAUACAAAGUGCGGUGCAACAUGGAAAAUUGCAAUCAAAUGACAGUGAAAAGGCGCGUAGUAAUUUUAUAAAUCGCUUAAAUAAUGCCGAUAUGUCAACGGAAUUCCUCGAAACAUUGUGGGAAACAAUUGAGCAAGACAUUAAAAACACCUUUCCAUCUUUAUCAGUUACAGAGCAGCGGAUCGUAGAUAGUUGCAUUUCAGAAUUAAGAACAGUGAGAGAUACGUUGAAGGCCUGUGUAAAUUUCGGCAUGACCCAAUUGAGAUCGAGUGCGAUCAAGCCUCGCUUAAACCCUUGGAUUGAUCAAUUCUUAAAUUACAGUCAUAUUUUAUCCGAAGAGGAAUUGGCUGACUAUGAGGCUGGAGAAACCUUUAUCCAAACACUUAUCGUGCAACUUGACGCUUUUUUAAGUCAAUUCAAAAAUGUGCUAACACCACGAAAUUUUGAUGCUUUUGUUAGUAUUUUAGCUUCAGAUACCACUUCUAGACUAGAGAGAGCUAUCAAAAAAUCUUCAUUUAAUCGUCUUGGUGGUCUAAUCCUCGACCAGGAAAUCCGUGCACUCAGCUCAUAUUUAAUUGGCAUCACAUCAUGGUCCGUGCGCGACAAAAUGACACGUUUAACGCAGAUAGCGACGAUAUUAAAUCUGGAAAAAGUGGAAGAGUUUUCAGACUACUGGCGCCCGGAUAAUGAAAACGAGUCUCCUUCCUGGCGUUUAACGCCUCAAGAAGUGAGGACAUUAUUAGCAUUACGUAUCGAUUUUCGCAUAGACGAUAUUAAACGCAUUAAACUAUAAGCAUUAUAUGUAUAUUUAUAUUUAUAAUAUGAUUAUGUCUUAAUAAAAUACCCACAUAUACAUAUAAAUAUAGAAAAUAAAAUCACGUUAAAUUAUUACAUACUUAUUUACAUAGUACAAGCUUAAAUAUCUCUAAAUUUUGAUUAAUUUCCAAGUUCAAAUUUCAAAUCCAGACGAGCUUUAUAUUUUGUGCUAUCCGUUUGAAAACUGUUUUUUGUGUGGACUAGUUUAAUGCCUCCAUCAAGAGACGUUUUACUAUCUGCACUGCGCCAAAGGUUUGCUAAUGCUUCGAGCGAUAUAUCCGUACUUUGCUGACGGUUGUCAUGAUCUGCUGUUAAUGUUAGAUCCAAUUGACGCCGAUAUCGUUGUAGAUGCCCUAAAUAUAGUUUUUCAUUAUAAAAGUGUUGUUGUAACGCUGCACAAUAAAGCAGCAUUAACAUCAGAAUAUAUGCUGGUAUUUGUCCUCUCAUUACGAUUCAAAGGUAUGCAGCUAUUUCAAUUCACACUCUUGGGCAAUACAUGCAUAUUUAUGUAUACAAAAUUUGUUUAUAUUAUGUAGAACAGCUUAUCUCUGCAUUGAUAACGGAGAAGUCGACUUGGCAUACAUGUGUGUAAAUAUUUUUUAAUUAUCAUAUAUUUUUUUAAUCGUAUAUUAUCAUAUACAUACAUAUUAUGUUUGUUAAAUUUUUUACAAGAAUAUAUUCUUUUCUAAAAGCAACUGUAUACGAAAUUACAGAAAUCACUUCCUCCU